AUGGCGACGCAGCUCGGACUUUGCGCAUAUGAUGCCACAUACUCGCCAACAGUCGGCGAGGCCUCCAACCAGUGGCUGUUCCGGAAGGAGGACCUUGUCGGCACACCUUCAUCGACAGCAAACGACUACGCCACGCCGCCUGGGAACAAGCAGAGCGCGCAGGCGGAGAUUCGGAGCUGGCGUACUCGAGGAUGUAACUUUAUCUACAACGUCGUGAAAAGACUUGAAAUGCACCAGAUCGUGGCAUCGACAGCGUGCACCUUUUUCCAUCGGUUCUACACGCGGCAAUCCGUAGCCCAACAUCACCAAUAUGAAGUGGCCGGAGCGUGCGUAUUAUUAGCCUCCAAGGUGGAGGAGCACAAGCGCCCGAUCAAGGUCGUAUCCAAGGCCUGCGCGAUUGUAGCCCUGAAGGGAGUCACCAAGGACCUCGCCAGCGCCGCCGAGCGGUGGGAGCGCACGCUGAAGCGACUGGAGAUAUCCGUGGCGGAGAACUGCUGCUUUGACCUCGACAUUACGCACCCGCACCGCUUUAUCGACGCCUUGGCAAUGGAGUUUGGCAUCCCAAUUUUCGUGGUCAAAAGUGCAAUUGCUCAUGUCAACGACUGCAUGCGUUCGCAAAUUUGCCUUUUGUACGCGCCUGAAGUCAUUGCCGUGGCUGCGUUGUACUUUGCCAUGAAUGUGCAUGGAUACGAGUUUGAUGGCUUGUUGCUUGAUUCUCGGACGCUCGAGGACGAGGCUGAGAAGGAGACGUACAGGCAGCAGCAGUUGCAGCAGCAGCGCCAGCUCCGGUCUGGCUAA